AAAAAUUUUAGAGUGAUAUUUGCACUAUUUAACGUGAGCAUACCACGAACAUGUUAUUUAUGUUGGCAGUGCGUAACAGAUAGAAUUCAAAGAAAGAGUUGAAAAUGGCGAGUAGCUGUGUUUCUUCUUCGCCUCACUUUCUUUCAAUUCCAACUCGUGUAAGAGAUAACAGAAGAAUAUCCACUUUGGUGGCAAUGCUAUUCCCUUCUUCUUCUUCUUCAUUUCCAUUUCUGCUUCUUCCUCCAGCACUCCUCAAAUGCUUCUGUGCUUCCACUUCCACUCAGUCCCUUCCAACCCCUUCUGAAAAGUGGGAACCUUUCCUCAAGAAAAAGGUUGUAAUGAGAGUUGGAUAUGUUGGGACCGAUUUUAGAGGUCUGCAGAUGCAACGAGAUGAACACAGAUUAUCCACUGUUGAGAAAGAACUGGAAACUGCAAUCUUUACGGCCGGUGGCAUGCGUGAUAGUAAUUUUGGGGACUUGAACAAAGUGAAAUGGGGCCGGAGUAGCAGAACUGAUAAAGGAGUGCACUCUCUGGCAACAAUGAUAGCCUUUAAGAUGGAAAUCCCUGAGAAUGCAUGGAAAGGUGAUGACUAUGGCAUUGUGCUUGCAAACCGCAUUAACUCUUAUCUUCCUAAUACUAUCAGAGUUUUUAGCAUACUGCCUUCAACGAAGAGAUUUGAUCCUAGAAGGGAGUGCAACUUGCGGAAAUAUUCUUAUCUCCUCCCUGCUGGUAUAAUAGGAAUCCAGAGUCAUUUUAGCCAGGACGAAAUUGAUUUUCAUAUUUCAGAGUUCAACAGUAUACUUAAUGUUUUUGAGGGAGAGCAUCCUUUCCAUAAUUAUACUGUUCGGUCUAAGUACAGGAAAAAAUACCAAGUAAGGCAAUCAUCUGGAAAUGAUGUCAUGUCAGAUAGAAUAGGAUCAUCUAGUUUGACAUCAGCUUGUGAAUCAGAGAGUGAGGAAGGUGAUGAUGAUGAUUUUGUGAGUGGCAGACCAACCACAUUUAGUGACAAGGAAGAGAGCCACAAGCCUCCAGAGUCUAGUGAAUCCAAUGGCUUGAGUAGUCAAAACUCUAGUGUAGUAGUUCGUGCAAAAUGGCUAUAUGAACCAGAUGAGACAGAUAGAUUAAAUGCUUCCCAUUUCAGAAAGGUUUUUCGUUGUUCAUGUGGGAAGUUGGAAACAUCACUUGGAUAUGAUUAUAUUGAGGUCCAUAUAUGGGGGGACUCCUUCAUGUUGCAUCAAAUUCGCAAAAUGGUUGGGACUGCUGUAGCUGUAAAGCGCAACUUAAUCCCAAGAGAUGCCAUUUUGUUGUCACUCUCCAAGUUUUCGCGGAUUGUCCUCCCCCUUGCCCCCCCAGAAGUUCUGAUUUUGAGGGGAAAUGCUUUCAAAACGAGAGCAAGUGCUGGAAACUUUACACGGCAAGAAAUGGUGUCCAUGGUUGAAUCAGAACAAAUUCUCGAAGCAGUUGACGAGUUCUACACAUCUGUUGUGUUGCCUGAAGUAUCAAAGUUCCUAGACUCAUCAAACUCUCCUUGGGAAAAAUGGGUUGAGAAUUUGGAUAAGUACUCAAGCAUUCCAGAUGCUGAGUUGGAUGAAGUCAGAAAGGCUUGGAAGACAUGGAAGGAAAAUUUCAGGUUAAAGUCAGCAUCAAAGGCAUAGUGCAUACAUGUAUUCAGUUAUGGAAUACUUGUGGGCAAACUUCACAUCCUUUUCUUGUUCUGGUUGCUUGAUAAUAUAUUCAUAUCAUUGAAGGGUGUCCUUAUCAUUUGCUAAGGGUGUAGGGAAUGAAAAUCAUGCAACAUUUUAGUCAAGUCAAUUGAACACAGCUACAUGUAAAGCUGUGUAUAUAAUGAAGUUUUGUUUUCAAUUGCUAAAUGCUAACUAAUUUCCUUUAAAUAACAAUGGGAUGUAAAGAAAGGCUAUGUGCAUGGUUUGCAAGCCAAUGCGCCACUCCAUUUCCCUCUAGAAUGGUAUGGGUGAUUCUAAA